AAAUCACCGUCAAGUCCAAGGAAGAGAUGGAUGAUCAGCGCAGACGACUGGAUUUCUCCCGGACUCCCCAGAUAAUCUUACACCGAAUAGAUUCCCUGAAGUGUAACGUUUAUAACUAGGAGAGGAGCUCCACUCUGGACCAGGAGGAGUUGGAACCUCUGCAGGUGAAACAAGAACAGGAAGAGCCAGAAGAUCAUCAGAUAAAAGAAGAGCAGGAGGAUCUAAAACACCAGCAGAUAAAAGUGGAAGAGAAAGAAGUUUACUGCAGUCAGGGUGAAGAACAGAUUGAAUUAAAACAGGAGACUGAUACCUGCAUGGUGGUUCCUGUUGAUGAGCAAGCAGACCACACUGAAUCAGAACCAAACAGGAACCAAGUCAUCUUCCAGGAAGCUGCUGAAGCUGAGAUCCAAAAUCAGGAAAGAAGAAAACCUUUCUCAUGUGUCAUCUGUAAAAAGUGUUUGACUUUCAAAUCUGCUUUUGAGCCUCACAUGAGAACUCAUGCGUGUGAAAAGCCGUUUACAUGUGUGACUUGUGGGAAAAGUUUUAGUCAUAAACAUGUUUUAACUCAGCACAUGAUGAUUCACACUGGUGAAAAGCCAUUUACAUGUGGGAACUGUGGAAAAAGUUUUAGUCAUAAACAUGUUUUAACUCAGCACAUGAUGAUUCACACUGGUGAAAAGCCGUUUUCAUGUGUGACCUGUGGAAAAAGUUUUAAUCGAAAACAGAGUUUAACUCGGCAUAUGAUGACUCACACAAGUGAAAAGCCGUUUUCAUGUGUGACCUGUGGAAAAAGUUUUAAUCGAAAACAGAGUUUAACUGAGCACAUGAUGAUUCACACUGGUGAAAAGCCGUUUUCAUGUGUGACCUGUGGAAAAAGUUUUAGUAUAAAACAGAGUUUAACUUACCAUAUGAUGACUCACACUGGUGAAAAGCCGUUUUCAUGUGUGAAUUGUGGAAAAAGUUUUAGUAUAAAACAGAAUUUAACUCAGCACAUGAUGAUUCACACUGGUGAAAAGCCGUUUUCAUGUGUGACCUGUGGAAAAAGUUUUAAUCGAAAACAGAGUUUAACUGAGCACAUGAUGAAUCACACUGGUGGAAAACCGUUUUCAUGUGUGACCUGUGGGAAAAGUUUUAACCGAAAACAGAGUUUAACCCAGCACAUGAUGAUUCACACUGGUGGAAAACCGUUUUCAUGUGUGACCUGUGGAAAAAGUUUUAGUAUGAAACAGAAUUUAACUCAGCACAUGAUGAUUCACGCAGGUGAAAAGCCGUUUUCAUGUGUGACCUGUGGAAAAAGUUUUAGUCGAAAAGACUUUUUCACUCAGCACAUGAUGAUUCACACUGGUGAAAAGCCGUUUUCAUGUGUGACCUGUGGAAAAAGUUUUAAUCAAAAACAGAGUUUAACUCGGCAUAUGAUGACUCACACAAGUGAAAAGCCGUUUUCAUGUGUGACCUGUGGAAAAAGUUUUAAUCGAAAACAGAGUUUAACUGAGCACAUGAUGAUUCACACUGGUGGAAAUCCGUUUUCAUGUGUGACCUGUGGGAAAAGUUUUAAUCGAAAACAGAGUUUAACUGAGCACAUGAUGAUUCACACUGGUGGAAAACCGUUUUCAUGUGUGACCUGUGGAAAAAGUUUUAGUAUGAAACAGAAAUUAACUCGGCAUAUGAUGACUCACUCUGGUGAAAAGCCGUUUUCAUGUGUAACCUGUGGAGAAAGUUUUCGUCACAAGGUGAGUUUAAUUCACCACUUGAGGCGUCACACAGGUGAAAAGCAGUAGAAAUAUUUUCCAUACGUGUCCUAUGUUGAGGUUCACUAUAGCACUGAUUAGGUUUAAAACUAGAAUGAAAGACUGGAGGGGUUUCAUGUCUAUAAAGCUGAAAAUUUGUUGUAUUUGUUAAAUGUGAUCAUUUGGAUACUUGGAGAUGUGCAACCAUGACACAUUUUUCUUCAUUGAUGUUUUGUUUUUCUGGUAUAUUCUGUAUCAAUAAACAAUAAUGAUAAACUGUAUGUUAUUGUAUUAACAUACUGUUUAUGUCAAACUGUAUGUUGUGUGUGUACAACGUGAAGAGCAGAGGGCUCAGCACACAGCCCUGAGGAGUGCCAGUACUGAUACUGAUAGAUGAAGAGGCUUGAGGGCCCACUGACUAUUUCAUGCAUUAACAGAGUUUGACCGGACAUGGACUCCCUUCCAGAACAUUCUCACAUGAUUGGACUUGAGGGAUUGAUUUGUAUUAUUCUGUACAAUAGAGAGAGUUAGUGGGGUUUAUUUAAAAUCU